GAAAGCUCGAGAGAUGUUAUUGAGGAGGAGGAAGGCUCUUUGUUAACUUUGAGAAGAGAGGAUGAAGAAAGGGAGGAAAAAGAAGAAGAGGAGGAGCAUAAUAAAGUGAUUGAGAUAUUUGGAAGGCUUCUUCCUUCAUUUAUUCAAUCUUCCAAAGAAGCUUUAACAGUAAAGAUGACAGAAUAUCACAAACCUGAAGAAGAAGCUAUUUCUUAUGAAACAACUAAACAACAUCCAGAAAUGAAGUCAAAACCUUUACAAGUUGAGAAGAAAGAUAUUGGGUAUUAUGAAGAACUUCCCCCUCUAUCAAUUGUUCUUGAAACGAACUUUGAAAAACCCUCAUUUGAAACACGCAAAUCAACAGAAUUGGAUCAAUCUAAAAUUGAUCAAUUUGUUAAUAUUUACUCUUCUGCACGUUCUGAUGAAAUUUCAACAACUACGAAAAUAACAGAACAAACAAAGAUUAAAAAACUAUCUCCCCUCCAAGAGACAAAAAUACAAACAGAACCGGAAGGUGUUAGUUUUAGUAUUGUGAAGAAAAAUAUAGAGGAGGAAGAACUAAAAGAAGAUGAAAAGGAUUUAAAACCAAAAUUAAAGGAAGGGGAGGAAGAAAAGGAAGAGAAAUCUUGGGAACAUUCAGGCCUUUGUUUAGGAAAUUGA